AGAGUAACAAUAACCUUAUGCCAAUAAGGUAUUCUUAAUAAGAUAUCAAAAAGAUGACCAAUGGUUUUAAGGAAAAACUGGGGGAAGGGGGUUUCGGCAAGCUUUAUAAAGCAAGGCUUAAGAGUGGUGGUCUUGCUGCGAUCAAGUUAUUGGGCAAAUCCAAAGUCACAAUCCAAGAUUUUUUCAGUGAAGUAGCAACAGUUGGAAGUAUUCACCAUGUCAAUGUGGUAAAACUUAUUGGCUUUUGUGUUGAGGGUUCAAACCGUGCAGUUGUGUAUGACUUCAUGCCUAAUGGUUAUCUUGAUAAGUACAUUUUUACUAGAGAAGAAAGUACAACCUUGGCUUGGGAAAUACUAUACAAGAUUUCUCUAGGAGUAGCCCAUGGGAUUGAUUAUUUACACCAAGGCUGUGAUAUGCUAAUCUUAUAUUUUGACAUCAUACCGCACAACAUUCUUUUAGACAAUAACUUCAUACCAAAAAUACCUGAUUUUGGUCUUACAAAAUUAUAUCCAACAAAAGAUAGUAUUGUGUCCCUAACUGCAGCAAGAGGAACACUAGGAUACAUGGCGCUUGAGUUGUUCUAUAGAAACAAUGGAGGUGUCUCACACAAGGCUGAUGUCUAUAGCUUUGGAAUGUUGUUGAUGGAAACGGCUAGCAGGAGAAGGAAAUUAAACCCACAUGCAGAGCAUUCGAGUCAAAUUUACUUUCGUACAUGGGUUUUACAACAAUUGAAUAAAGGAAUGGAGCUGGAAAUAAGAGAAGCCAAGGAAGAUGAAAAGAGAAUGGCAAAGAAAAUGAUCAUUGUGGCUUGGUGGUGUAUACAAGUGAAACCAAGCGACUGUCCUUCAAUGAACAAAGCGGUGGAGAUGCUUGAAGCGGAUCUCGAAAGUUUAGAAAUGCCUCCUAGGCCCUUCCAAAUUUAUCCAUAUGCAAUUGAAGAAGAUGAUGCUAAAAUGAAAACCAACCCCACACAGCUUUCUAGUUAUCCAUCAGAUGAUGAUAUGGAGACAGAAUCAGAAUCAGAAUCAGUCAGUUUGAUUGAAAAUGAAAAUUAAGCAAAACUGUUACAGAGAAGCCUAAUUAAGUAGAGUUUUCUUUAUUCAUGAGUUAUACAAAAACAAGAGGUAUCCCCUUUUGCUACCCACUUCCCACCCCACCUAGAUGUCACAAUGGCUCUAAAUUUGCAUCAAGUUUUUUGAUGUGUUAUUGGUGUUCAAUUCGCAAGAAAUGGGUACUUUUCUU